UCUCUCUGUAUCUGAGAGAUAAAAUAUUCUCUCCAAAUAGUUUUCUUGGAGCCCCCGGUCCCGGUCGCUCAGUUGAAUUUUGGCGCCCGCGUCUAACGGGACAAAGCUCGGGAAAUCCAAAAGCAUUCGUGUGGUGUCUGAGGGAAAUGCUGCGUUGUGGAAACGCGUGGAUUUAUUUUUAGCCUUCGUGCCGAUUUCAAAAGUGUAUUAACGCUCCAUAUAAAACGCCAAUCGGCAGCAAAUAGAUCGCAGAUCGAGAAGAGCACUGCCAAAUUAAUUGCCAAUGAGGGGAGCCUGCCAAUAAACGUUCAGCCAGUCCAUAAGAUAAGAUCGAUGGCCCAUCAUCAUUCAGUUCCCGAGAUCUACAUUAUAUAAUCAUGGAAUUGGAUUGACGAGAGAUACAGAGAGAGAGAGAGAGAGAGAGACCGAAAUUCGAAUAAGAAAAUCCGAAAACCGUACAGAAAAUGCCCAGCAAAUUUCAAAGAAGAAGCUCCCCACAAGCGCCAGGGGCUGGGGCAUCGAGCGUCUCGUCAACGCCAAGCAAUCAGCCCCGGAAGCGGGUGAAGCGCUGCUGCCGCAACUUCGUCACCUUCAUGUGCACGCAGGUGGGCGUGGGCGCCCUGAUCGUGUUCUACGCCAUCUGCGGUGCGUUCGCCUUCAUGAACAUCGAGCGGGAGUACGUGGACAAGACGGCGGCCCAUGUGCUGGAGCUGCGGCAGAACUGCUCGCAGCUGCUGUGGUACAUCACCGAGGAGCACAAUCUGAUCGACAAGCGGGUCUGGGUGAACGAGACGAACGCUGUGCUGCGCGAGUACCAGGCCCAGAUAGCGGGCAUCAUCAAGAACGGCUACGUGGGUCGCAGUCCCGAGCAGAUCUGGAGCUUCCCGGCAGCGCUGAUGUUCUGCUUGUCGGUGAUCACAAUGAUUGGCUACGGGAAUAUGGUGCCGCGCACGCCCUGGGGGAAGGGCUUCACCGUCAUCUACGCCACCUUCGGCAUCCCCCUGUACAUCCUGUACUUCCUCAACAUGGGACGCGUGCUGGCGCGCUCCUUCAAGUUUCUGUACCGCUCCAUGCACGACUGUACCCAGGAGCGAAACUUUGACUCGCGAUUGGACGCACUGGAGAACGGCAGCCUGGGCACGCUGACGCUGCGCAAGAAGAUCAUUGUGCCCUCCACCGCCUGCCUGUGGGUGAUCAUUUUCUAUGUGCUGACCGGCACCAUUAUGUUUGCCAACUGGGAGAAGUGGAGCUUCCUGAACAGCUUCUACUUCUGCAUGACAUCGCUGUGCAAAAUUGGCUUUGGGGACUUUGUGCCCGGCGCAUCGCUGACCACCGCCGCCGAUGUGGACGCGGCCACGCAGAAGCUGCAGGAGGACAUUGCCGCCGAUCCCAACGAGCUGUCCCAGCUGCAGUCCAUAGCCGAUCAGCACUCGAAGCUGGCCAUAAACUUUAUUUACAUGCUGCUGGGCAUGGGCCUGGUGGCCAUGUGCCGCAAUCUGAUGCGCGAGGAGGUGCACGUGAAGCUCAAGGAGAUGAAGGAGGACACCAAGCUGUGUGUCGAGGAUACGCGUUUGCGUUUCGUGGGCUGCUGUGGCGAUCCGCGUGAUAGCUACGAGAAUGAUUAUUACUAGGAGGGCAUGGCUGAUGUGUGUUUGUGUGUUGUGCGUGUGUGUUUGAGUGUGUUGUUUGUGGUGCUGGCAUCUCCCUUCAGUUUGUUCUCGGCUAAUCCCCCGCAUCAU